UGUUCACAAUUAAAUUUGCCUUCACUACAGCAUCCUUGGUGAAGACACAGUGUCUUCGGUGUAUGCUGCUAUGCGGAAAAUUUGCCUUCUAAAUGCUGACACCAUAAAUACCACGUUCGUUUUUCCAACAUGCAAAAGGCACACAAGCCCUGCUCAUCACAUGUUCUGAUAUCUGGACAAGAUACCUGUCGAGCACUCAGAGAUCCCGAGGACACAGAGAGUAAGAUCAGAGACGAGUGCACCUGAGAAAGGCCCAUGGAUACGUACGUCAACACGUCCUCCUCCCUCAAUGCCUCCCUCCCACCUCCCAACCAUUCCUCCAACAUCUCCUCUCCCCAUUCCUUCCUCAAGAGCUGCUUCAACUCCCCAUCCGGCUCGUCCAUCUUCACUGCUUUCACCGUCACCAACAUCCUUCUCCUCCUUCCUCUCUCCAUCUUCAUCCUCUACCUCGGCUUACAGCAGUGGCGGAAGCAGCGCAGCAGUGAAAGUAUGAAUCCCAUAGAUGUCUUCACUUAUCACAUGGUGGGCAUGGAGUUGAUCGGCAUCAGUGGGUCCAUUGCUUGCUGUUGUGGUGCCUUUAUGGAUCACGGGAUGUUGAUGUGGGUGGGAUGUAACUCAUUUGCCAUCAACUCGUGUCUAAAAAUGUCCUUUCAUGUUCUCACCUGUGUCGAGCGCUAUGUAGCCAUUGUUCACCCCAUCACCUACAUGACCAUGAGUAAAUCAGGCGGGGUCUUGUACAGAAACAUCAGCAUCGGCUGUGUUUGGAUAAUAUGUGCUGGACUGAUCGCUUUGAGACUUCUACUCGAUGAGGACUUCACCAUGAUCCUGUUCUUCUGCAAUUUAGUGUUCUCUUUAAUCGUCAUCUCCUUCUGCAGCCUUUCUGUUCUCCGCGUCCUGAUGCAUCCACGGCCAGGGGAUGAAAGUGGGAAACAGGGGAAGGUUGACAAAUCAAAGCAGAGAGCUUUCAUCACUAUAACUGCCAUAAUGGCGGUGCUGUUGGUGAGGUUUGGGGGGAAUCUGGUCUGCAUGGCUUUGGCGAACUCAUCUGUGUUGAGCUUCAGUGCCGCCUGUGUGGUGAGGUUGACAGGAAUCUGGUUCUGCUUGCCCAGUAGUUACGUGCUACCACUUCUGUUUCUUCACAGAGCAGAAAAACUGUGUUUUAAUAACAAGACCUAAUAUGAGCAACUGGUUCUGUGAUGUGAAGCCUGCUAUCAGUGGGGGUCACUCAUUUUAAAUGCUCCAGUGGUUAGGGUUAAGGAUUGGUUAAGGGUUAGGUUUAGGGAUCAGGUAAGGGUCAGGGUUACAGUUAGGGAUUGGGUAAGGGUAAG